CAUAGAUUCAAGUUUUAUCACGAUGCAAUCACCGUCUAUUGCUUCACUUGAACAACGAUUCCCUGGUAGAUCCAAACAGAUCCAAAAACUUGUUUCAUUAAUGGGCAAUCCAACAGAUACAGUGGUACCGAGUAUAUUUGUCUAUGGACAUUCAUCAUCGGGAAAGACCUGCGUUGUUCGUUCCGUAUUAGCAUCUCAUUUACCCUCCACUCACUAUGCGUAUGUCCAUUGUGUUGAAAACUAUACUCCACGUAUGAUCUUUGAACGUGCUUUGAAUCAAUGGUGUGGCUGGACACCUGGGAUCGAUAAUCAAUUCUCCAACAUUUGUAAAGCUGAAUCUAUUCAUCAGUUUGUCAAAAUCAUUCAACAAGGUGUCACUGUUCCAACCAAUUCUGGUAAAGCCAAUGACGACAGGAUUCAACUAGGACAAAAGGAAACUAUCUAUUUAGUGUUGGAUCGCGCUGAACGGUUACGAGAUAUGCCUCCUUCCAUUCUACCGGUGUUAUUACGUCUUUCUGAAAUCACACAACGGAAUGUAUGUGUUUUACUGAUUAGUACUAUUGUAUUUGAAAAAUUCCGUAUGAAAGGUGGCUCAUAUGAACCGAUGUAUAUCCGAUUUCCUGAUUACACCAAAGAAGAUACGUUACAGAUUUUAUUAUUGGACUUUGCUACUGUAGAAAGACAAGUACAAAUACAAGAUGAUAACAAAAUGACGGAAUUGGAUGAUGAUUUUUUUAUCAAAUAUAUUGAAUUGAUUUAUUCUAUCUUUAAUCAUAAUUGUAAAGAUUUGAAUGAAUUACGUUACUUUGCUGCCUUAUUAUUCCCUUUGUAUCUCAAACCAAUUCAAGAAGGCACAGUGGGAAUACAUGAAACAGCCAAAUUAUUCAAGCAUGCACAACCUUAUUUUGCCGAAGCCACAGACAAAUUGUAUUUACGUGAAAUCUCAAGUGCGGAAUGGAGUAAAGAAACACAACAAUUGGAUCAAGAAUUAGAUGAAAAUAAAAGAGUAGGUGCUUUUUUAUCUCAUACAAGAUCAACAGGAAAAGGUGAUUUUGAUCUUCCUUAUUAUACAAAAUUCUUAUUAUUGGCAUGUUAUUUGGCAAGUUAUAAUCCUCCUCGAUUUGAUAUGCGUUACUUUGCCAAAGGACCAGAAGAACGAUCGAAAAGAAAAGGUGGUGGUACUCGAAAAGGCAAAGCUGAACAAACUGGUGGCAAGAUGCGACAACAAUUACUUGGUCCCAAAGCAUUCCCGAUUGAACGUAUGUUGGCCAUCUUUUAUAGUAUUAUUGAUGAUGAAUUGGAAGAUAGUAUUGAUAUUCAACUUCAGAUUACAAGUUUGACAACAUUACGAUUAUUAGUACGAUGUACUGGUAUGGACAAAUUGGAUGCGGCCAAGUACAAAUGUAAUGUUAGCUUUGAUUUUAUUCGGGCAGUGGCACAAAGUGUUCGAUUCGAAUUGGAAAGAUACCUUUAUGAUUUUAAUUAGUGUAUUAUAUAAUGAUAAUAAAAAAAAAUGAUGUCUUGUCAUAU